AUGGUUUGGUCGCUAGAGUUCGAUGACUUCAACGGCCACUGCGGCGAUGGGAAGCACUUCCCGCUCCUCAGGAAAGUUCACGCUAUGGUUAACGGCGAUGAGAAACAAGAGACCGACUGUCCCAUUGGGGGUCUCGUUCCCACUCCUACACCCACUCCCACUACAACACCCACAGCACCCCCGACACAACAGACUACUACCCAGACUGGUGGACAUACAACCAGUAGUAUCGACUACUGGUGCUCUAAGGAUGGUUAUAUGCCACACCCCAGUGACCCUCAUCAAUACUUCCAGUGCGAGUGGAUCCCAGGCCAGGGCUGGUAUAUCCAUUUGAAACAGUGCCCGGAAGCAGACAAAGAAUUAGACCCACAUAUGGAUCUACAAAUAAAUCCACAAAUGGAUCCACAAUUACCAGAACCAGAAUCGGAUGACCCGCACAACGAAGACAUCGCUUAUGAAGACUCCGAUGACUACGAGGACUACUCAGGCGAACCACUAGUGGUUAAACCCAUUAUCUAUACAGUUCUGGGGCCACCGGAAGAUGUAAACCUAUUUCGGACAGAUUUUGAACUCAAAUACGGGUCAACUCAUCCGGAAUUCUUUGUCGGCAACUAUAACGAGGCCAUCGAUGCGGCCAAACGUGACUUCAGAUUCCUAUUGGUUUACAUUCACUGGGAUUCACACGAAGAGACCGAAAAGUUUUGUCAAUCGGUUCUCAUAAACCAGAAGUUCAUCGAUUGUCUCACUGAAUACAACAUCAUAUUCUGGUCCUCUGAUGUCAUAUAUCCGGAGGGAUUUGUUGUGAGACAACAGCUCGAGGUAACCACUUAUCCAUUUAUGGCACUGAUUUCCAUGAGAAAGAGUCAGAUGGUUGUGGUCCGCAGAUUAGAGGGAAUCACUCUUUUGGAACCAUUGAUAGCCCAACUGAGGGACGGUAUCGUAGAGAACCGGUCGGCUCUGGAAAGGGCUAAACACCAGAAGAUGAUCCAACAAAUGAAUGAAUUGCUACGACAGGAACAGGAGGGCGCUUAUGAGGUGUCUCUAAGAGUGGAUCGCGAAAAGGAGAGACAGAGACGGGAGGAGAGGACACGAGUGGAAAGGGAGGAACAGGAGGCCAACGAACGAAUGCAACGUUUGCUUCAAUUGAAGGAACGAUUGAUCCGUGAAAUACCGACUGAACCGCAACUCAAUGACACGAAUGCAACACAUGUUGUGAUUAAACUGCCGAAUGGUAGGCGUCUGGAGCGACGGUUCCUUAAGACUGAAUCCAUGAGAUCUUUGUAUGACUUUGUGUUUUGCAAUAACGACUCUCCGCUUAACUUCAUUAUCCAUACAAAUUUCCCGACCCGUGACCUACCCGGCCGCUCACCACAACUCGAAGACUUCUUAGUGGAUGACAAUGUUAUCACUCGAGUUGAUGACAACACUCAGUGGACAACUCUGGAGGAAUCGGGUGUCGGACACAAAGAGAUGCUUUAUAUUAAAGAAUUAGAUAACUAA